AUGAAGAUACUCUUCCUUUGCACAGCGCACAAUUCGCUGUCUCAGCGCCUCUACCUUGCAUUGUCUCCCGCACACGAUGUCACUGUCGAGUACGCCCUUUCCGAUGAUGUGAUGAUCUCGGCAGUUGCUCUGGCAAGACCCGAUAUCAUUGUCUGUCCAUUCUUAACUACGCUCGUGCCACAGCAGAUCUACGACAACUACCUCACUCUCAUUGUACAUCCUGGCCCACCCAGAGACGCUGGGCCAAGCGCUAUUGACUGGGUCAUCAUGGGUGACGACGGCACCACUGACGACCCUACCCACCUGUUAAAAGCCCUCGAUACAGGCCCUUGCAAUCCUGGACGAAGUCACUGGGGAGUCACUGUGCUCCAAGCCAUCGAGCAUUUUGACGCCGGUCCUGUGUGGGCUUUCGAACAGUUCCCAAUCAACAUUGAUGACAUCGGACUCACCAAGUCCGAGCUAUAUCGUGGCCAAGUUACGCAAGCGGCUGUGAAGGCCACCAUGGCAGCAAUCUCACGUGUCCAUCAGGCUGCUGUCCCCGACAGAGUCAAUGCUAGGCGUCCGUCACUGUUCGACAUCGGACUCAAGAUUAACACGCUUGUGAUCAGCCCACGCUUGAGCGCACGUGGUGAGUACGAGCGUCUCUCCGUCAGCGAGAGCCUUCCGUUCCAAGGCGGUCGUACCCACGAGCGACCACUCCUAAAGGCCGCUGACAGAGAGUUCGAUCUGAGCCGGCACACAGCACGGCAAGUAUCUCGCCGUAUUCGCUGCGCUGACUCACAACCUGGCGUGCUCAGCAAGGUCUUCGGUGGCAGCUUAUACAUCUACGGUGGUGCCAUUGAGGAGGACAUCACAACACUGCCACAACACCCCGUUACUGUCGGCGCAGCAACAAUUCUCGCUGCUCGCAACGGAGCAGUCUGCGUCGCAACGUGUGACGGCAAAGGCGUCUGGAUCAACCAUACUCGCCGCCCCAGGAGCAAGACCGACAGGGCGCUCUGGCCGAAGGUGCCUGCAACUUCAGGUUUGGUUGAGCUUGGCAUGCUCAGUGCAGCCGCAGUUCAACAACUCGACUCACCGCUCGCUACAAACUGGUGCCGAAAUAAGACGCAGACCUUUCAGGAGGUUUGGAUUGACUUCACCAUCAGUGAACACGGAGACAAAAUCGCUCAAGUGCACUUCGACUUCUACAAUGGCGCCAUGUCCACAAUGCAGUGCAUUCAACUGAUAGAGGCCAUGGACUACAUCUUGGCGCAGACGACCGCUGAGGAGCCCAUCCGCGCGGUCAUACUCAUGGGUGGCACCUACUUCAGCAACGGCAUCGCACUAAAUGUGAUCGAAGCUGCGGGGGAUUCUUCAGCGGAAUCGUGGCUGAACAUCAAUCGCAUCAAUGACAUCAUCUACUACCUGCUGCAUGAGUUUCCCGUCCGCAAGAUCCUCACCUUUGCGUCUAUACGCGGGAAUGCAGCCGCUGGAGGUGUGGCUCUUGCAGCCGCUUGUGACUUCGUCAUGGCUGGUUCCGAAGUGGUACUCAAUCCCGCUUACCGGGCGGUUGGGUUGUCUGGGAGUGAGUUUCACACCCUGUCCUACACUGGACGUUGUGGGAAGCCUACAGCAACACAGAUCCUGCGGGAGAUGCUACCGAUGAGCCCGCUGAAAGCUCGGGCCAUAGGUCUUGUGGACUUCGUCUACCCAGGAACGGGCAAGAAGCUUGAGGAGCACAUUAUAGCUCAUGUGGGCAUGAUGGCAAGCAAUCCGUACUUACGAGGCGGAUUCUGGAAAGCCAACGUUGAUCUCUCACCAGCGUCAUUGGCUCGCGCGCGUGCUUUGGAGCUUGGCGAGAUGUGCAAAGACUUCUGGAGUCAACGCGCGUCAAGGUAUCAUUCCCGGAGGUUUGACUUCGUCCGCAAAAUCAAAGCUCAGCAGACGCCACUGCGUUUCGCUAAGCAUCGACGGAUGCCCGGUAGACAUGACGAGGAGGAGCUCGAUAGCUUCGAUGACGUGGCGCACUUCGAAAAGGUAGCUCGGCAAGCCAUGGAGGACGAUAACGAAAGAGUUCAGUCGAGGAAGAUGUCGCGGCAUGAAUCGGUGGCUUUAGUGGCACCGAGUGACGUGGUAAGAGUGGCUUUCCCAGCAGCAGGAAGCCCAAGGGUCCCAAAGGAGAUGCUGUUUUCCUGCUACUAUCAGCCGGUGGAAGUACCCUUGACGCCUCCAAUGUCGCCUAUGGAGGAGCGAUCGUCGAUCCUAGGUUGA